CUGCCCCUGCGCCCUCGUCCCCUCCGCUAUAUAUGCCAUCCCCGGCACCGGCCACUCAAAAUCCCCAGACUUUCCAAGCCCAAAAUCCCACCUCUCUCCGAUCCCCCCUUCUUCCUCCUCUAGUUUCGUUUCUUGCGGCCGAGGGGAUCGUCGAUCGAUCCAUGGCAACAAUGGGCGUGGGCGGAGCUGUGAAGAUGAUCUGCGGGACGAAGGUGGAGCGGGUGGUGGGCACGGGCAAGGCGCCCGGCGCGUGCCCAUCCUGCGGCGGCCCCGUGGUUGCCACCGACGUGGAGAGCGAGCGGCGCAUCCUGUGCCUCCCGCUGUGCCUCAAGAGCAAGCGCAAGUACUCCUGCACCAGGUGCUUCCGCCGCCUCGUCACCGUCUACAGCUAGCUCGAGCUUCUUCUAGUACCGAUCCAUCCAUGGAUCUAUCGAUCGACUAGCGACGUACGGAGGCAACCAGAUAAUCCGCUCGAGUUCUUUGGUUCUUCUCGGCCCUAGAGUAGCUUGCGAGCCUGGCUAAUGUAAUGUAAUGGUGACUCUGUGUUGAUUCUUCUGGUUUCUAGGGAGUACUCCUAGUAGCUAAAUCUAAGCUAAUUUGGUGGGCGUGCAUCGCGUGAAGCGCUGCAAAACUGGCACUCUGCUGUAUCUUGCAGUAAGCUCCCUGUCAAUGGUGGCGGGGCACCUCCGCUUUAAUGCACCGGCCAGUAUUGGAAAUUUGUAGCAAUGCGCUUCCUUCAUUAAGAUGGUAAUUAACGUACUGAUGGGACCAUCAUGGACACGCA